AUGGAGGAGGGCUCCAGCUCGCCCGUGUCCCCCGUGGACAGCCUGGGCACCAGCGAGGAGGAGCUCGAGAGGCAGCCCAAGCGCUUCGGCCGGAAGCGGCGCUACAGCAAGAAGUCGAGCGAAGAUGGCAGCCCGACCCCGGGCAAGCGCGGCAGGAAGGGCAGCCCGAGCGCGCAGUCCUUCGAGGAGCUGCAGAGCCAGCGCAUCCUGGCCAACGUGCGCGAGCGCCAGCGCACCCAGUCGCUGAACGAGGCCUUCGCGGCGCUGCGCAAGAUCAUCCCCACGCUGCCCUCGGACAAGCUCAGCAAGAUCCAGACGCUCAAGCUGGCCGCCAGGUACAUAGACUUCCUCUACCAGGUCCUGCAGAGCGACGAGAUGGACAAUAAGAUGGCCAGCUGCAGCUACGUGGCCCACGAGCGCCUCAGCUACGCCUUCUCCGUGUGGCGCAUGGAGGGCGCGUGGUCCAUGUCCGCCUCCCACUAGCGCCGCGCCACCCACGUCCGGACCCGCGC